AUGCCUCCGCCCCCUCCCGAUGUCGUCCCAGCCACCCUCAUCCUCCGACCUGGCACCACCCGCCCUUCUCCUCCUCCUCCUCCUCCUCCUCCGCCGCCUCUAGAAGCUCCCCUCCCCUCGUGCGCCCAGCAGAUGAACGCGCUACCCCAGCCUCCCUUUUCCUGGAACCACCAUCACCCCAUCCUUCCCUCGCCACUGAAGCUCCCCUCCCCCAUCUCCCUUACUCCUUCCACGCCUCUUCCCGCUCUAACCCCCGCACCCACCCCCAUCGCACUUGCCGCCACCGUUGAAGCUGUUACGCCUCCUGCCUCUGCGACCACCACGGCUGUGUCACCGCCGUCGGAGCUGAACGACAACUCCGAUAGGAAGAAGUACGCACCACUCACCCAAGGCUGUGGACGAGUGAUCGACCCUUCCUCGGCUUCUCCUCCAGCGCUGCCCAUUAAUUAUGACGAGGCAAUACAAAAUUCGGAGAAAAUUGCAGGAGGCAAAGAGCAGAUCGGCUUCCUUUUCCAGUGA